UCUCAGUCAAAAAGACGCAUCCCGUGCGCGCGCUCCGUCUCUCUUUGCCACGCGGAACAAACGCUACAUUCAUCCGCAGCAGCUUUGCACUGACACAAACUGCUCCCAGGACCUCCUGGGAUCUUCUGCUUCUUCUCCUCCACAAUGCCACUCACGCCACAGGACGAUCGCAGGCGCAGCGCCUGCUCCGUUAUUCCCACAAUGUGGACAACUUUUUUGCGGAUUUUUUGCGCAUGGAGUCUCCUGUUCUUGGCAGAGGUGUGCGCGCAGUCCCAGCGGAGACCCGCGUUCACGUGCGGAGGAAACGUCACAGGGGAGUCUGGAGUAAUCGGGAGUCAGGGGUACCCAGGAGUUUACCCCCCAAACACUAAAUGUGUGUGGAGAAUCACAGUGCCAGAGGGGAAGGUUGUGGUCCUGUCGUUUCGCUUUAUCGACUUGGAGAGUGACAACCUGUGCCGCUAUGACUAUGUGGAUGUCUACAGUGGCCAUGUCAAUGGACAGAGACUUGGCCGCUUCUGUGGGACUUUUAAGCCAGGAGCCCUGGUUUCUACGGGCAACAAGAUGCUGCUCCAGAUGGUAUCUGAUGCCAACACGGCGGGGAGUGGGUUCCUAGCCGUGUUCUCAGCUGCCCACCCUCAUGAGAGAGGGGACCAGUACUGUGGAGGCAGGUUGGACAAACCAUAUGGGACUUUUAAAACACCCAACUGGCCUGAGAAGGACUACCCGGCUGGUGUCACCUGUUCCUGGCACAUAGUGGCACCAAAGAACCAGAUUAUUGAGGUGAAGUUUGAGAAGUUUGACGUGGAAAGAGAUAACUACUGCCGCUAUGAUCAUGUGUCUAUUUUUAAUGGGGCAGAAAUCAAUGAUGCUAAGAGGAUUGGAAAAUACUGCGGAGACAGCCCACCAGCGCCGGUGUUCUCUGAGGGGAACCAGCUCCUCAUCCAGUUCUUGUCAGAUCUCAGUCUAACUGCAGACGGCUUCAUCGGACACUACAAGUUCAGACCGAAGAAAUUCCCCACAACCACGACACCACCGACCACCACCACACAACCCGUCACCACCAGGCCCAUACCAGCACUGAAGUACUCUGUCGCUCUGUGCCAGCAGAAAUGCAAAAGGCAGGGAACGCUGGAGAGCAAUUACUGCUCCAGCAAUUUUGUGAUAACAGGGACUGUCAUUACUGCUGUGGUGAGGGGAGGAAGUAUGUAUGCCACUGUCUCCAUCAUCAACGUCUAUAAAGAAGGCAGUUUGGCCAUUCAGCAGGCAGGAAAGACCAUGAGCACCAAGAUCAUUAUCCUCUGCAAGAAGUGCCCAUUUGUCAGAAGAGGCUUGAACUACAUCUUCAUGGGUCAGGUGGACGAGGACGGCCGUGGGAAAAUCACCCCUCACCACUUUGUCAUGGUGUUUAAGACAAAGAACCAGAAAGGACUCAAUGUGCUGAAAAACAAGAAAUGCUGAGUUCCUGUAGCUCUGAUGAUGGACUGGUCUCCCCGAGUCUCAGCCUUGGAUGGAAAUAAUCAAUUUCAAAUAAUAAUUACAAAAAAAAAUGAAUAAAAAAAAUAUCAGCAGCAGAAACAAUAUCCCCACAAACUAAAAUGAAUCUAGGUGCAAAAUUGUCAGCGUAGAACAAAAAUUCAUACUAUUCAUGAAAUUAAUGUAAUAAGGCAAGUUCCAUUUUUGUAUUUGUCAACUGUACUGAAAGAAAACAAGGAGUUAUUGAGGGAUUGGAUCUUUUUAGAAGAAGACAUUAAAUUCCUGUACUUGUAGAUCCUGUAGCUCAGUGGAAUAAACAGUUGGGCUACUAAUACGAGACCUGGGUGUGAUUUUGUGUCCAUGGACAAGAAACUUCACCUGCAUUGUCCCAGUCCACCCAACUGUAAAUGGGUACCCACCUUGGCUGGAGAAGUAACAUGCAGUGGACUGGCAUCCCGUCCAGGGGAAGUCAUCGACUCACAUCUACUUCAAGCUAUGCAAUCCACGGAUUAACACCAGUGGGUGUCAGGGUCUGUAUAAUAGGGUUGGGACAACUAAUGAAAAUUAUUAGUCAGCUAAUUUGGUACAUUAGCCAUCGACUAGGAAGCUAAUGGGGUAAAAUUAAAGCAGUGAAACUCUAAAUUGACUUUAAUAAAAAAAAAACCUCUAUGAAACUACAAGUUGAAUACAUGGCAUCAACACAGUGAACUUUAUGGAUACAACGCUUGUGGUACUACAAGAUGCAAGAUAUGUAUUUGGAGCUUUUAACUGAAGGAAGUGCCAGCUGCUGGUGGAUGUUGGCCUGUGUUGUUUUGAUAACUGUUCAAGAAAUGAACACUAAAGAUAAAAAAAAAUACACUGUAUUACUUUACCAGUUAUUUGAAACCAAUUAGUCCUGUUAAUAAUUUGAAUUUAAAAGGCAGAAAAGUGUGCAAUCUGAAUUUCCCGACUAGUGAACAAGAAGAAAAUUAGCCAGCUAGUCGGGUCAUAGUUAGUCGUCAUCAACUAUUAUGACUAGUUGUCCCAACACUGCUACAGUAUAUAGAGCUCCGAAGUGAAAAUGUCACUGCCCCUUGAUAACUACUUGGCUGGAUCUCCACACACAGUUGCUAGGAGAAACAAAAAAAAAAAAGAAUGGCAUCACGCUGAUGAGCCAAACUCGUUACAGCGAUGGGGAAAUUACUACUAAUCUGAUCACGUGGAAAGUUUUCAUUACUUUUUAUGUGAACUGCAAGGAAAUGCGCGAGUUAAAGAAAGAAGUUACAAUGGUGUGGUAAGUGUUGUUCUCCAUGUUAUUAUGCCAUUAAUACCACUCUAUUUCUAACCACCCACGUGAGUUUAGUGAAAAAGAAAUGCAAAGGUAUGACAAAAAAAUAUGUGAAUGUCGUUGCUCUGCAUCUACGGCAUGUUGUAUAAGUUUUCAAAAUAUUAUUCAUUUAAAUAUUUCUACAUUUAUUUUUACAAUCAGUAAAUUGGACCAAUAGGUACGGUUGGACAUGCGGGUCCCUGAUGCACGCGCACAUAACAAUGUGCAUAGUAACCAGCGAGCCGCUGGAAACAAACUGCUGUUGUGCUCAUUUCCUACUUGAUGUCCAUUGCACUCGCAUCAUUCUGCCACAUUUUUUUUCUACUUAAUAUACUCCAAUUUUCUCAGAGAAUGCCAUGAUCGUGUGUUGCAGUUGGCUGUACCAACCACGAUAAGUUAAAAGAUCGAAAAGUGUGUUUUUUCGAGCUCCCAAAGUGCUACAAAAGUCUAGACAGAAGGGAUAAAUGGCUGGCUGCGAUCAGCCAAAUGAGGAUGGUCAUGGGAAUAACGCCGCCGGAUCGCUAGUUGGCAUCAUUUAUGGUCGGAACUAUGACGGUAUCUGAUCGCCUUUGAACCUCCAACUUGAUUAAUUAAUUAAUGAAAACAUUCUUGGCAAAUGUUUUCGCUUUUGUCUGUUUUGCG